CAUACAUGCUUAUCACAGUUUUCCCAUGCUGCUUGAUAUUUUUAUUGGGAGAAUCUGUUCAGAUGAAUCUGUUUGGCAUAGUUAAAAAAUUCAGACAUGUUGUACAACUAAUUGUUGUAGUACAUUGGGCCUUUUUUAUUGUAAUCUCUGUGAACAUUGGUGGAUGAGUAAUUAUUGCGGUCACUUCUACCAAUUGUUGCUAUGGAUUCAGGGUCAUAUUUCACAGACCUCCUAGUGAAUGAUGUAGAAGAAUCUCAGGAUCUCCCACCUCCUAGUCAAACAACCAAUGGUCAUGCUCCUGCAGCAGCCAAAGGAUCUCAGGGAAGAAGCAAAAAUUUCAGAGAUGAGGAGGACAUACUUCUUGUGUCAGCUUGGCUAAAUGUGGGCAUGGAUGCUAUUCAAGGAAUUGAUCAACCACUCGGGAUAUAUUGGAGAAGAAUUCAUGAAUAUUUCAAUGCUAACAAGACGUUCGAGUCAGAUUGUACACAAGAUUCUUUAAUGAAUCGUUGGUCUAUUAUACAACAUGCUGUGAAUCUUUUUUGUGGAUGUUUGCCCAGGAUUGAGACUAGAAACCAUAGUGGUUGGUCAGUUGAAAACAUAAUUUUUUUCAUGUAUGCUCAUUUGUUACGUCUUCAUUUUCAUGUACACAUUUCUGUAUUGAAUCUAAAGAUUACAAAUGCAUGCGCGUUGUUGAAGGCCGAAGACAAUAAGCAAAAGAAAUUUGCCUACAUGCAUUGCUGGAAAAUUCUAAAGGACAAGCCCAAGUGGUUGGAAAGGUGCAAGCAAAUUGGAACUGCAAGAACAGCAAGUAGUAAGAAACAAAAGAUAGUGGCAAAUCCAUCUCCUUCAUCUGCCCCUGCUAAUGCCACUACUGAUACUAAUCCAUCAGAAGGUGGUUCGGGAAGACCUAAAGGAAAGAAGAAGAAGAAACAGAAGCUAUGGCAACGUUCGACCAUCGAAGCAUUGGACUAUCUAAUGUCAAAGAUGAAAGAAUCUGAUGUUGAGAAAGAUUUGAAGAAACAAGAGAGGUGCAACAAAGCCUUUGCUCUGUAGGAAGAAAGGAUCAAAUUGGAGAAAGAAAAAUUUUAGUUCCAAAGGGAGUUGGAAGAGGAGAGAAUUAUUACUCUAGAUUUGAGCACUAAGAACUACAAAC